CAUGGACCUUGCCCUAUGACGACGGGCUUGUCGACGCGCCAAAACAUUACAGGCGUUGAUCAACAUUUACGCGCCAUCGUUCCGCGGGCACACAUUCCGCCGGAAAAUAUGUCUCAUUUGAAAAUUAUACGCGGAAAUUUUGCGCGCCAAAUUUUAAACAAUUUUUCCCCGCACAAAAAGCAGAAGAAAUUAAAAACCUCGCUAUCAGUUUUUGUGGAACGAAAUUCUUGUCGUGGUUUAGCUACUAAACCAGCCACUACAGUAUUGGAACAAAAUGUUUUGAGUUCGCCAUGGGGUGAAAUAACUGUUGGAAAGGAAACGAUGUUUGAGCAUGUUUUCAAAGACAUAGAUUUGUGGACAGACGCCCCUUGUGUGACAUGCGGUGCAACGGGGCGGUCGUACGAUUAUGCGAUGACCAAAAUGAUGGUGGAGCGUUGCGCCAACGCCCUGGCGGGGCCGUUGAAGCUGAAGCCUGGAGAGAGGAUCGGACUCAUACUUCCAAACAUCCCUGAGUUCGUGGUACUUAUACACGGGGCCAUGAAAGCCGGGCUGGUGGUUACUUUCGCCAACCCGUUAUACACUGCAGACGAGGUGGGUCGCCAAUUCACUGAUUGCAAUGUGAAGGCGAUUGCCACCAUCGAGAUGUUCAUGCCUGUCGCGAUGGAAGUGAGCAAAAAGCUCGAGGAUUAUAAGGGAACUAUUUGGGUCGGAGGAGAGGACGACAAGGUCAAAGGGAUUUUUGGCCUGCGAUCACUCCUAAUGGCCGAUCAUAAAGCUGAUCUGCCGACAUUGAACUGUGACGACGUCUGCCUGAUCCCCUACUCUAGCGGAACUACGGGCAUGCCCAAAGGAGUCAUGUUAACUCAUAAAAAUUUAGUAUCAAAUUUGAAGCAAGUGCAAGCGCCCAAGAUGAUGAAGUAUGAAGGUGAAAAAGGUAAAGGAGACGUAGUUCUUACGGUUCCCCCAUUUUUCCACAUCUAUGGUUUCAAUGGGAUUUUGAACUACAACCUCGUUUUGGGAUACCACAUUGUUUCCAUACCAAAAUUCACGCCAGAUGAUUACAUUAAUUGUUUGAUGGAGUACGAGCCAACCACACUGUUCGUGGUGCCAUCAUUACUGGCGUUCAUGGCCACACACCCGAUGGUCAAGAAGGAGCAUUUGCAGUCAGUGGAAACUAUCAUGGUGGGCGCAGCUCCCACAACUGACAGUAUGCUGGAGAAGUUUUUGCUAAAGUGCGAAAAAACUAAAGACCAGAUUAAGCUGCUUCAAGGUUACGGUAUGACGGAAAGCUCUCCCGUAACUCUAAUGACACCAUAUAUCUAUCCGUAUGGUAAAGUGGGGUCCGUUGGACAGCUGGUGCCGUCGACGCAGGCGCGGGUCCUGUCGUUAACAACAGGUGAAGCCCUGGGGCCACACCAAUCUGGAGAGCUUUUACUCAGAGGACCGCAGGUCAUGAAAGGCUACUGGAACAAUGAGCAAGCUACCAAAGAAACAGUAGACAGCGAAGGUUGGUUACACACUGGAGACGUGGCUUACUAUGACGAAGAUCACUACUUCUAUAUCGUUGAUCGCACUAAGGAGCUUAUCAAGGUCAAGGGUAACCAGGUAUCACCAACUGAGAUCGAAAGCGUGAUUAUGGAAAUGCCUGAAGUGGCAGAUGUCGCUGUUGUGGGGAUGCCUCACUCCCUUGCGGGGGAAGUCCCUAAGGCGUUUGUUGUUCUGAAACCGAACACUAAGCUUACAGAGAAACAAGUUUACGAUCUCGUCGCUCAGAAACUGACAAAAUACAAGCAUCUCGAAGGCGGUGUGGUCUUCAUAAAGUCGAUACCGCGCAAUGUGGCGGGAAAAAUAAUGCGUAACGAACUAAAAGUAUUAGGUGGCAAAUAGAGGAAAAAUUUAUAUGUUUAAAUAGUAACUAACUAAAUAUUCUGUAAAUAUUUUUUUAUUUUGUUAUUGCUUAACUAGGCAAAGUGGAUAAAAGAUAGUAGAUAAAAAUUACUUAAAUAGUUAUAUUUUUAUUAUGUAUAGCAUACUUUUAUGGAUCAAACAACGAAAUUAAUAUUAUUAUUCGGCAAUCUGUUGAUUAGUUACUUAGGUAUUGUAACAGUAACAGUGAAUUUGAAAAAUAACAACAGUGCUAAACAAAUUAAUUAUUGUUAGUUUAAUCAAAAUAUAAAUAAAUUUGAUGUUACUACUAAACACUGGUGCUAAGUAACUUUUACAGAUAAAUUAGGUUUUAGUUUUAGCUGUUAAAGAAUUAACUGGCAAUACUAAUUACUGUGGGAACCUCAAAAUUAAUAAUACAAACUUUAAAGAAUAGUACAAAAUAAUGAGUGAUUAUUUAUAAGUUUGUUAAAUUCUUUUAGCAUAAUUUAUUACCUACUUAAUGGUGUAUUUGUAUGUAAACAAUGAUUUACACUUGUUAAAAUUUCUUUGAAUAUUUUUACCAAGAAGUAUAAUAGUAUUUAGACUGAUAUUUUAGUAAUGUAGUUAUUUACUGUACAUAAUAUACUAUAAAUAGAUGCAAUAUUUUUAUGAGGUGUGUGUACUUAUAAAAUUAGGGUAGUUUAAAAAAAAUCUUAAAAAUGUUUUAGUUGUAAAGUUUUGUAGAAUACCUACUGCAGUUUUACUUAUAGGUAAGUAUGGUUUUGUUUUUUUUAAAAUAAACUAUAUUUUAAUAAA